UACACUACAAAUAGAACUACUGAGAUGAAAAAUUAACAGUUUUAAAAAUGCUUUCCAUACAGCUACCUCGAUUGGGUUCCCUUGCCAAAACGUGUAUUGAUGAGUUGAAAGGUAAUGGAUUUGCUCUUCUGCAAAACUUUGUUAGUCGAGAUGAAUUAAGUGUAUUGAAAAAUGAAGUACAAAAAUUGCUUGAAAAUCUGCCCAAACCGAAAGAUAGAGUCAAGUUUGAUCCUACAACUCCUGAGCAGCAACAAGUGCGAUUUAACAGUUGCAAUGAAAUAGACUAUUUCUUUAAGCCCAACGCUUUAGGAUACAACGGAGAACUCCUUAUGAAACCUGAUGUAGGAAUAAAAAUUAUUGGUUACUGUUUACAUAAAAAUAAAGUAUUGAGGGAACAGAUUUUCAAUAGUAAAGUGAGGAAUAUUUUCAAAGAAAUCGGCUACGAAAACCCCGUUGUUGUACAAAGUCUAUUGCACUUUACUGGAAAAAGCCCUGCUGCUCCUGUUCACCAGGAUACAACUUACAUGAUAUGUGACCCAGCAAAAAUUGUAGGGCUAUUUGUAGCCCUCGAUGAUACCGAUACAGGUAAUGGUUGUCCAUGGUUUUUGAGCGGAUCUCACAAAACCGGACCUCAAAGACUUAUGAAAAGAAAUCCAAAAAGUGAUAAAAAAGAUGACAUUAUGUUCGAUAAACCUCCAAUAAAUAUUAAUACAGAAAAUUUCGAACCAGUUCAAUGCGCAGCAGGUAAUAAAUAAUGAUAGAUGUGUAACCCAACCCAACCUAACCUAUCCAAUCAAUUCACGAACUUUUACUACAAUAGAACUGAGUGAAUGCUCAACUAGGAAUUCAUCUGUAAAAUUAAUAAACUACAACUUGGCAAUUUUGGGCAAUUAUCUAGAUUAUUGUAGUUUUAAUUAUUUUAUUAUUUCUGUACCCUUAACAAUGUGUGUACAAAAUUUUAAGGUUUUACUCGCGGCUUUCUCGCGUUAAUGUCCUAAAUAUAUAUUAAAGAAAAUCACCGACUACGUAAAACUAAUUCUUUCUGUUCCUCGGAAACAGUUUUUUUUUUGAUAACUGGUACCCCGUGUUCUUUUCUGUACCCCUGACAUUGUGUGUACAAAACUUCAUCCCAUAUUUACACCCCCUGCUUCCCUCGCGUUGAAGUUGUACAUACGUUUGAAACUUCAUCGACGACCACGUAAAACUAAUUCUUUCUAUCCCUCGGAAACAGUAUUUUUUCUAGAUAAAAGGUACCCUAUGUCCUUUUCUGUAUCCAUGACAAUAAGUGUACAAAAUUUUAUGAUAAUCGAUUGAGCAGUCAACGCGUGAAAUGGUAUCAAACAAACAAACUCACAUUCGCAUUUAUAUAUAAUAUUAGUUAGGAUAUCGUAUUUAGGUUUAGUGACACCUAAAAAAUAAAAAACAAUUUCAGAACGAUUAAAUACAGAUAUUUUUAUCUGACGAUGAGUAGUCACGACCAGC